AUGAGGAACUUUGACUCUCUAACUGUUUUACUUGUCUGCAGCCUCAGUUGGAUCCCUGUAUCACAACCUUUGGAGGUUCAGUCUGAAAACGAAGUCACACUUCUGUGCUCCAACUUUUCCAGUUCUCACUCACAAAUAUUCUGGUUCAGAGUGACCAAGAGAGCCAAACUCACCCGUAUCGCCUCCAUGUUCAAACCUGAUGAACCUGCUUCAUUCUACGAUGGAUUUCAAAAUGGAAAAUUUGAAAUGAGCACCAACAUAUCAACUGUGUUUCUCAAAAUUAAACAGCUGGAUUUAUUGGACUCUGGACUUUAUUUCUGUGGAUAUAAAAUGCAGAAGAGUACGGUUAUUGUCGAAGCAACAGAUUUAGUGGUCCAAGACACUUUUAUCAGAUUACCAAAUGUGAUGAGUGUGAUCCUCGGUGUUCUGACUGUUUUCCUGAUCACAGCCAUCGUUUGUCUGACUGUUAAAAUCAAAAAGCUUCAGAAAGUUCAAACUGAAGGAAAGAAUCUACAACAAGAAGAGAGGCAGAGCUCAGAGCACCUGCACUAUGCAGCUGUGACAUUUCGUCCAAAAACAGAAAGUCCUCACAGGCCUGCAUCAGUCACAGAAGUGGACCCAGAUGUUAUUUAUUCAUCUACUCGAUAGACUCGGAAAGUGACCGAGCACUUCAUGGAACCGAGGGUCUUCCCCUCUCCUCAACUGGUUACAGCAGAUGGCUCUUCCUGUUGGAGGCUUCUUCUUGUUAAAAGGGAGUUUGCU